GGCCUUCCCGCGCGCGCGCUGUUUUGCCCCCCUUCCGCCUCCAAUGGUCUCUCCCCGCCGCCUCGUUCUGGACGCCGCGGCGCGCCUUUCGCGCACACUCCGGAACUCCGAGCAAGCAAGAGGGGAAGGGCUGAGGAGCGCGGGAAGCCCCGCCUCUUUUCUCCCAACAGCCAAUGGAGCGACGGAGUCCGCGGCACAGACCUGAGGUUGCCGAACAGCGGCUUCUAGCGGCUGAAGGAGGAAAGAACAAAGUAGGGAAGAGGCCGCGCGCGUGCGCAAAAGGCCCGUCUUCGGAAAGAAGUUGGAAAAUUCCGGACGGAGUGGGCGGGAAGUUCCCGUGUUUGGAGGUUGCUGACGCCUCACCCCGAGAGCAGGAGCCGCCGCCGCCGCCGCGAUGCAGAGCAUCAAGUGCGUGGUGGUGGGGGACGGGGCCGUGGGCAAGACCUGCCUGCUGAUCUGCUACACCACCAACGCCUUCCCCAACGAGUACAUCCCCACCGUCUUCGACAACUACAGCGCGCAGAACACGGUGGACGGCAGGACGAUCAACCUGAACUUGUGGGACACGGCCGGCCAGGAGGAGUACGACCGCCUGCGGACACUGUCCUACCCCCAGACCAACGUCUUCAUCAUCUGCUUCUCCAUCGCCAGCCCGCCCUCCUACGAGAACGUGAAGCACAAGUGGUACCCGGAGGUCUGCCACCACUGCCCCGAGGUGCCCAUCCUCCUGGUGGGCACCAAGAAGGACCUCCGGAGCGACCCGGACACCCUGAAGAAGCUGAAGGAGCAGAACCAGCUGCCCGUCACGCCCCAGCAGGGCGCCAGCCUCUCCCGGCAGAUCCAGGCGGUCAAGUACAUGGAGUGCUCCGCCCUCAACCAGGAGGGCAUCAAAGAGGUCUUCACGGAGGCCGUCCGGGCCGUCCUCAACCCCACCCCGGCCAAGCCCAAGAAAUCCUGUGUGCUCUUGUGAAGGACUCUGCCCAGCUCUCCCCCAGCCCCUCCCGGGACCCCUUGGAUGGCUUGGGAGAGAGGGGGCGCCUCCCCCCCAUCUUGCUGCUGCUGCUGCUGCUGCUGGAAUCAGGACCUCCUCCUCCUCCUCCUCCUCCUCUCCCAGCUUUGCUCCAGGUAUUGAUGAUGCCAAGACAUCUCGUGCGCUCUCUGCGAGCUGAUUCCGUCUCUCUUCCGUCCGGUCUCUGGAUCCUGCUCAGGAAAGGUCAGCUCUCUGGGAUACCCCAAAUACUCCGGAUGAGGAGGAUGGAGGCCAGCCAAGUGUCCACUCAUCUCAGCAUCAGGACCUUUCUGGGCGGGUGCCAAGCCAAGGCCUCCGCCUUGGGCUCUGCUCCAGCUCCGGCUGACCCCACUGCUCCUCGAAGUGGCUCAGCGCGGAGGAUGUCCCAGGGGAGCCGAGAGGCCGAGGCAGCGGCCUGCUCAGCUGGCAGCAUCGGAGGAGCCGUGGCCCCAAAGAGCCCUCCUUGCUGUGGGGGUGCAGGAUGACCCUUGCUUCUGCUGCUCCGUGGGCAAAAGCCAGCCGGCAGCCAACUUCACUGGGGGUUUGGGGCGCGGUGACUGCUAGCCCAGGAGCCCUCUCGGGGGACCUUUUUGUCGUGCCAAAGGAACACUGCACCUCUGGGGGGGGGUUACCUUCUGCCUCCCCAGAACCGCUGGGUCCAGUGGCGCUCCCCGCCCCCCCCAUCACCUCAAAAUGGACCCUCUUUCUUGGCCAUUGUCCCCGGAAUCCCACUUUGCUGAGGAGGCCCCCACUGGCCAGCAAGCAUGGGCUGGUUUUUUUAACCUGUGGGUAACUCCUCCUUCUGCCUGGGCUCCUUCAAGGGUUGGACAGGUCUCCCCAUUGGCAGAGACAGGCUGCCCCUCUCUCUGCAGGCUUACAGGCUUACCUGUGUCCCUUUCCUUUUCCUUCCGGACAAAGGAAACUUCUGCCUCGCCCCCAUCUCUGCUGGGCACUUUCCAGAUUGCGAGCCUGACACCGCAAAAAGCAGCGUAAACAGCCACGUUUUGUGGCGCCAAAGUCAAACCACAUUAGAGAUCCGUUGUAAGGGGGCAAGCCUCCUACAAUGGGCAAAUGCAGCUCUUUUUUUUUGCAACGGACUUGCAGCGUUGUAGCACUAUAGCGCAAAGAUUAAAUCCUAAAGAAGGCAUCAGAAAUCUGAACGGCGCCUUGCUGACGGCGCAGAGGCUGCAAUGUCCAAACACAGGCAAUGCGGAAGCACACCUCAGGGACCCCUUGCGACACUGUGAUGACCGCGUGCCAUCUGGAAAGCACCCUGGAGAUGGGCUCACUCGGAGUGAGCGUUUCCACCGGGGACGUCUAGGGCUGUGGGUGAAGAGAAGGAGGAGUUGCGUGAGGCUCCCAGUUCUGCAGACAGGAGUGAAGCCAGCCCAGGAGUUCAGGCCUCUGCUUCUUGGCAACAUUCCCUGCCAGCUGGGGGAGGGAUGAGGCAGGGCGGGGGAAGCCACACAGCGCAUUGAAGUCUGCCCCCCUCUCCAUCCCCACGUGGGGCUCCUGCCCCGUGGAUCAGCCUCCCAACUCGUAUGGGCUAGAAACAUGCUGUAAUUGUUUCUGAAGCCGAAAUUCUCAGGUUUCUGAAAAUGCUCGACCAGGUAUAAGAUGCUGGGCUUCGGGCGGUGCAACCACAGGCCUGCCUCCCACCCCCCACCCCCGCCCACAAGGUGAUCAUGUGCCUGUGCAGCUCCUCCCCCUGAAGAAAAAUGCUUUGUGCCUUUGCCACCCCCUCCCGACGUGCCGGUGACGCUUCCGCCGAGCCGAGUCCAGUUGCUGAACUGCAGCCUGUUGCAGCUCAGCUGCUCGUUGGAAGUUCCAGGAGGUGGGAGGAGAACCUCGGCCUUUCGGCCCUUGGCAGAGGAGGAAGGAGCCCCCCCGCCCUGGGCUGGGCUGGUGCUUUUGUGUUUGGCUUCUUCCCACCACAAUGUGCAAAAGUGUCAAGAGUGUUUCGCCUUCUUGGCCCCAAAUAAAGCAAGAUCCCGUCGCCCUAGCCACA